UUAUCAGAGACAUUCAGAGACAAAAUCGGAAAAAAGAAAACAUUCGUCUUUUGGGAGAACAGAUUAAAUUGACUAAGCAACUUGAAGCAGAAAGAGAGAUGUUAUUGGCAAAAGGAUCUCAAAAAACGACUUGAAUGUGAAAUAUCAAUGGGACAGACAACAUGAGUGUAUGUGCGUGUGUUGAUGGAGAGUAGCUUAGUGGUGUCUUCAUCUUUUUUUUGGUCACUGUCUUUUUAAACUUGAUCAGGUAAAGGACAGUGGAUCAUAUAUUGUAAAUUACUGCUUUCAGUGUCCCUUAUAUCUGAAUAAAGGAGUGUGGGCAGACGCUCUUUGGAAGUCUCUGUAUGAUCCUGGUAGAAGCUCUGUUAAGGUCACUGUCCAGAGCUUAGGGUUGUUACUGAGAAGCACUGCUGAACUUGUGAGAAGGAAGGGAUGGAUAGUAGCAUCCACCUGAGUAGUCUGAUUAGUCGGCACGAUGACGAAGCCACGAGAACAUCGACCUCAGAAGGACUGGAGGAAGGUGAAGUGGAGGGAGAGACGCUCCUGAUUGUGGAAUCUGAGGAUCAGGCAUCAGUGGACUUAUCACACGACCAGAGUGGGGAUUCCCUCAACAGCGAUGAAGGAGACGUAUCGUGGAUGGAGGAGCAGCUGUCCUACUUCUGUGACAAGUGCCAAAAAUGGAUACCAGCCAGUCAGCUGAGGGAACAGCUCAGUUACCUUAAGGGUGAUAAUUUUUUUAGGUUUACUUGUUCGGAUUGCUCGGCAGAUGGCAAGGAGCAAUAUGAAAGGCUGAAGCUGACAUGGCAGCAAGUCGUCAUGUUGGCGAUGUACAAUCUGUCUCUAGAAGGAAGUGGACGUCAAGGUUAUUUCAGGUGGAAAGAAGACAUCUGCGCUUUUAUUGAGAAACAUUGGACUUUUUUACUAGGAAAUAGGAAAAAGACGUCCACCUGGUGGAGCACUGUGGCAGGUUGCCUCAGCGUGGGAAGUCCCAUGUACUUCCGUUCAGGUGCUCAGGAAUUUGGAGAGUCGGGAUGGUGGAAACUUGUUCAUAAUAAGCCCCCAACAAUGAAACCUGAAGGAGAGAAGUUGUCUGCCUCUACUUUGAAAAUAAAAGCAGCCUCAAAACCAACUUUAGAUCCCAUCAUUACUGUUGAGGGACUUAGAAAACGGGCAAGUCGGAAUCCUGUGGAAUCUGCCAUGGAAUUAAAAGAGAAAAGGUCUCGAACUCAGGAAGCAAAAGACAUUAGAAGAGCCCAAAAGGAGGCCGCUGGCUUUCUUGACAGGAGCACGUCUUCUACCCCUGUAAAGUUCAUAAGCCGAGGCCGCAGGCCGGAUGUGAUUCUUGAAAAAGGAGAAGUGAUUGACUUUUCCUCCUUGAGCUCCUCUGACCGCACUCCGCUGACAAGCCCAUCUCCUUCUCCUUCUCUGGAUUUCUCUGCCCCUGGGACACCUGCCUCUCAUUCUGCCACACCUAGCUUGCUUUCAGAAGCAGAUCUGAUUCCAGAUGUGAUGCCCCCACAAGCCUUGUUUCACGAUGAUGAUGAGAUGGAAGGCGAUGGAGUCAUAGACCCAGGGAUGGAGUACAUUCCACCCCCUGCUGGGUCAGUAGCUUCUGGGCCAGUGGUUGGGGGCAGAAAGAAGGUCAGAGGCCCUGAACAGAUAAAGCAGGAGGUAGAGAGCGAGGAAGAAAAACCCGACAGGAUGGACAUUGAUAGUGAAGACACAGAUUCCAACACGUCUUUGCAAACAAGGGCUCGAGAAAAGAGGAAGCCUCAGCUGGAGAAGGACACAAAGCCGAAAGAGCCCAAGUAUACUCCCGUGAGCAUCUAUGAGGAAAAGCUGCUGCUCAAGAGGCUGGAAGCUUGUCCCGGUGCGGUUGCCAUGACUCCAGAAGCUCGAAGACUGAAACGCAAACUGAUUGUCAGACAAGCGAAAAGGGAUAGGGGAUUACCACUUUUUGACUUGGAUCAAGUUGUUAAUGCUGCUCUUCUGUUAGUUGAUGGGAUUUAUGGAGCCAAAGAAGGAGUUUCCAGACUUUCAGCUGGACAAGCCACAUACCGAACUACCUGUCAGGACUUCAGAAUCCUUGACCGAUACCAGACGUCCUUGCCAUCCAGGAAGGGAUUUCGACACCAGACCACCAAGUUUUUGUAUCGCUUGGUGGGAUCAGAAGAUAUGGCUGUGGACCAGAGUAUUGUCAGCCCUUAUACCUCUCGGAUCUUGAAACCUUAUAUCAGGCGUGAUUAUGAAACAAAGCCACCCAAACUGCAGCUCCUGUCACAGAUUCGUUCCCACCUGCACAGGAGCGACCCUUGCUGGACGCCGGAGCCCGAUGCACCUCUCGAUUACUGUUAUGUGCGGCCGAAUCAUAUCCCGACGAUCAACUCCAUGUGUCAGGAGUUUUUUUGGCCUGGCAUUGACCUGUCUGAGUGUCUGCAGUACCCAGACUUCAGUGUGGUUGUUCUCUAUAAAAAAGUCAUCAUUGCCUUUGGCUUCAUGGUUCCCGACGUGAAAUACAAUGAAGCUUACAUUUCAUUUCUGUUUGUCCACCCUGAAUGGAGAAGAGCAGGGAUUGCAACUUUCAUGAUCUAUCAUCUGAUUCAGACCUGCAUGGGCAAGGACGUAACGCUUCACGUCUCAGCAAGCAACCCCGCUAUGUUACUGUAUCAGAAGUUUGGAUUCAAGACUGAAGAAUAUGUAUUAGAUUUCUAUGAUAAAUAUUACCCAUUGGAGAGCACAGAGUGUAAACACGCAUUUUUUCUGAGGCUCCGGCGCUGAUGUGAAUACAGCUUCCCACAGAGAAAUGCAUGCAUUAUUGGAGAACAGGUCUUUGUGAAGACCCAAAGGCAGUGAUUGAUUUCACAGGGAGCUCUAGUCUUCUCUGUGGUUACAUGGUCCUUCAAACCUCCCAACCAAAGUGAGAAAAGUGGCAUGCAGUGAAAUACAGUGAGCAGCCCUUUAGCAAAAUCACCCUCCAGUCCUUCCUGGAGACGCCUUCAGACAGCAUCUCAGACUUCACAGUUAAAUGAACAAUGUUGUGGUCCUCCAUCCGCCUGACAGCUUGUAAUAGUGAAACCACCUAACCUGAUGCUCUUGGAGAGAGAUUACCUGUCUGUCCUAACCUAAAGAAUGAGAAAAUGUGGGUAGCUAUUAAAGAUUCAUGCAGUCCCCAAAGGCACUGUCGUGACAUGGGAUGAUGAGAGAUUAUGAGGUGAUUUCAUAAAAGGAAUCCAACCCUGUGCCCGGCCAUUGAUGUAUUGUCAUUGAAUCCAGGAGGAUUUCUAGGGCACUGAAGUUUUGUUGUUUCUUUUGCUGACUUUGGUUACAGUCAGAAAAAAUAAACUAGUUGUUUGUGUCUACA